UAUUUUAUUUUAAGUCAGUAUGUCCGAGUCUGUAGCGAAUUUUUCGAAGGAGGGGUGAAAAUGAUGAACAUUAGGAAUCAAAUUAAAGCUUUACAGCGUUUUUGAAUCGUAAGUACGGUUUACAGCUCGAGUUCAGAAGUUGCUGUACACUGAACCAUGGGGAAAUUGGAUGUAUCGCUGCUUCGUUAUCUAACCCAUGAGGAUCUUCGAGCGUUGACUGCUGUUGAAAUGGGAAUGAAGAAUCAUGAAAUUGUCCCAGUCAGCCUCGUUGCUUCAAUCGCCAAUUUGAAACAUGGGGGUUGUCAUAAGGUUUUACGAGAGCUUGGUAAACAUAGACUGGUAUGCUAUGAAAAAUCAAAAAUGGCUGCAGGAUACAGACUGACAAAUAAAGGAUAUGAUUAUCUUGCCUUACGAGUUUUGACUACAAGAGAUGUUGUAUCACAUGUUGGGAAUCAGAUUGGUGUUGGAAAAGAGUCUGAUAUUUAUAUUGUAGCAUCAGAAGAUACUCAGCUAGCUUUAAAACUUCAUCGGUUAGGUCGGACAUGUUUUCGUCAAAUUAAGAAUAAAAGAGAUUAUCAUAAACAUAGAAAAAAUGUUUCCUGGCUGUACUUAGCCAGGCUUUCUGCCCAAAAGGAAUUUGCGUAUAUGAAAGCUCUAUAUGACCGUGGAUUUCCUGUUCCAAAACCAGUAGACUUUAACCGACAUGCUGUCAUCAUGGAAUUACUCAAUGCUUAUCCUCUACAACAGAUUCAUGAGCUUGAUGAUCCGGAGACUACUUACAAAGAAUUGAUGGAUUUAAUUGUCAUGCUGGGUAAUCAUGGACUAAUACAUGGAGAUUUCAAUGAAUUCAAUAUCAUGCUCGAUGCACAAGAUGGAAUAACAAUGAUUGAUUUUCCACAAAUGGUCUCGACAUCACAUAAAAAUGCAAAAUACUAUUUUGAUCGUGAUGUUGAAUGUAUAAGAAGUUUUUUCAUGAAGAGGUUUGGAAUCGUCGGUGAAUAUAUUCCAGAUUUUGAAAAAAGCAUUCAUCGUGAAUCUACAUUAGAUAAAGAAGUUGCUGCUAGUGGUUUUUCAAAACAGAAUGAAACAGAACUGGAAGAACAUGAAAUUCAUUUUCGACAUCAACCUGAAGAGGAUGGAGAUAUAGAAAAUAACCUUUCAUCAGAUGGAUCAGAAAAAGAAGACACUUCAGAUGACCAAGAAGAAUUCGAUGAAAAGGAGGCUGAUUUAAUAGCAGAGAAUGAUGUUGUUAAUCGGAAUGAAAACCCAUUUAGCAACGAUACUGAAUUAACAAAAAUUGCUUCAGCGAGCCCUGAUGGAGUUGACACAAAUGAUGUGGAUGAAUUGGAUUUGGAAGACUUAUCACUUGCAAAUCGCUCUUACCGUCCAUUUCGAACCGAAGAUAGUCAUCAACACACUAACUUACAUGUAAAAAAAGCUCUGAGAGGGCCAGGAAGUGGGGUAACUUCCACAACAAGUGUUUCCCAAGAACAAAUAAGGCAGAGGGUUCGUAGCGCUAUUUCUAAAGAAAAGAAAAUAGCAAUGCAUAGGAGGCUUGCAAAAGGGGAAUCUUCAUUGAUCACGAAACAAAGAAGAGAACUAAAACAAGACAUUGAAACUGGUCAUGAUGUGAGCGAUUGGUUUGGUUAAUUCAUUAAAAAAUAAAUAACUUCCAAAUUGCA